AUGAACACUCUGUGCACUGGUUUUCAGGGAAAGGGAAAAAUGAAGGUGGCACCAUCAUUGAUUGUGGUCAUUGUGACCCUUGCUGCUUGCUUCUUGUCUAGUGAAUGUCACAGAAGACACAAGGGUCCACACCACCAUGGGCCUCAGGGCCCAUUUCCACCAGGAGGAAGCAAGCCACCAGGAUCACAUCCCCGUCCUCCUUCCCAUUCUCCUCCCAAUGCAUCUUUCCCAGACCCAUUUCCUCCUUUCAAUCGGCCUCCCUUUCCUCCUAACCACCACCCUCAUCCCAAUGGGACUCACCCUCCAAAACCAGAGCCAUCUCCAUUCCCUGGACCUCCUGUCUCUUCUUCUCCUCCUCCUCCUCCUUUUAAUAACUCUUCUCCACAACCCAGCACCACUGCUGCUGUCAACACCACUCCUGCUCCCUCUAAUGCCACUUCCUCUCCCAUCCCAUCUGAUAGCCCUUAA